UCCCAAGUUUCAAAAAGCCUCCUGAACUUUUAGAAGAAGGGCCUAAAAAUACUGCUAUCUUCACUUCUCAGAUCAAAUCACAGUUCUUUGUGUAUUCUCUGAUUUGCUAUAUCUUGUAAAGCUUACGUGAUAGUUAAAGAGAUGGCUGAUGAGAUAACUCUCUUGAAUGCCUGGACCAGCCCUUUUGGGAUCCGGGUGAGAAUCGCUUUGGCCGAGAAAGGAAUCAAUUACGAGCUAAAGGAAGAGAACUUGCAAGACAAGAGUCCUCUGCUUCCGCAGAUGAACCCUGUUCAUAAGAAGAUCCCUGUUUUGAUCCAUAACGGGAAAUCCAUCUGCGAAUCACUCAUCAUUGUUCAGUACAUUGAUGAGGUUUGGAAGGAGACUUCUCCUUUGUUGCCCUCUGAUCCUCACCUCCGAGCUCAAGCCAGGUUUUGGGCUGAUUUCGUCGACAAGAAGGUAUUUGACUGUGUGAAAAGGAUAUUGUUCACAAAGGAUGACAAAGAGGCAGGAAAGGAGUACAUAGAGUGCUUGAAAUUGUUGGAAGGAGAGCUUGGAGAGAAACCUUACUUCGGGGGAGAAAAUUUUGGCUACGUGGACUUGAGCUUCAUCCCCUUCUACUUACAGAAAUUUGGGAACUUCAGCCUAGAAGCUGAGUGUCCAAAGCUUAUUACUUGGGCUAAAAGGUGUUUGCAGAAGGAGAGCGUGUCCAAGUCCUUUGCUGACCUAGAAAAAGUCGGUGACUUUAUUGAGCAGAGGAGGAAGAAACUUGGGAUUGAGUAGAGCAAAAGAUAGAGAAGAAUGGGUAAAAUCUAUAAAUUGUUUCUUAAGCCAUGAAGCAUAGCGUAUGAAAAGCCUCUUCCUUUGUUUUUUCCCCCAAUUGUUUUGCUGGAAUAAAAGAGACAUUUUGUAUGUUUUAUUUUUUUAUUUUUUAUUAUUUUUUUUUCCUUUCUGGAAUUAUUGGUCGAUAAUUUGUGAUUUUUGUACUUCCUAGCUGAUUGAUAAAUGACACUAUUACAUAUUUGGAAUUUUCA